GCUGAGCGGCGUGCAGAGAGGGAGGCCAUUGGCUGCAGGACGCGGCCACGUGACCAGCCGGCGAGGAGGAGCUGGCAGGAUGUUCCUCAGAGCUGAGAGGAAGCACAUUCACUGAGCGCUUGAUCUCCUUCUCUGCAGCCAUGAAUUACCUGCGACGGCGUCUCUCUGACAGCACCUUCAUCUCCAACCUGCCCAACGGCUACAUGACGGACCUCCAGAGGCCCGACACUACUCAGCCUCCGGCGCCCGCCUCCGCCGCCCUCGCCAAGUCCCCCACGGCGGGGCCUGCUCCUCCCGCGACGUCUCCUCAGCCUCCUCAGUCCACUGGAGCCGGAUUCUUCAGCUCCAUCACCAACGCGGUCAAGCAGACGGCGGCCUCGGCAGGACUAGUGGAGCAAACCUCCGUCACCACGCCCAAGAAGUUCAAGACUCUGCUGGUCAUCGACGAACCUCAACAGGAUUGGGCAAAGUUAUUCCGUGGGAAGAAGAUCGCCGAAGAUUAUGACAUCAAAGUGGAGCAGGCUGAGUUCAGUGAGAUCAACAUCACGGCUCAGGCUGAUGGAGUCUGUAACGUCAGCGUGCAGGGGUUCAGAAAUGGAAGCAUGAUGGUCAGGUCCUUCAAGCCGGACUUUGUGUUAAUUCGCCAACACGCCUACAGCAUGACACAAAAUGAAGAUUUCCGUAACCUGGUCAUCGCUCUUCAGUACGCAGGAGUCCCCAGCAUCAACUCCCUGGAGUCCAUCUACAACCUGUGUGACAAGCCCUGGGCGUUUGCUCAGCUCAUCAACACUCACAGGAAGUUAGGCGCCGACAAGUUUCCACUCAUCCAACAAACCUUCUACCCAAACUACAAGGAGAUGUCCAGCAUGCCGUCUUUCCCUGUGGUGAUCAAGAUUGGCCACGCCCACUCUGGCAUCGGCAAGGUGAAGGUGGAGAACCACAGCAAGUUCCAGGACAUAGUCAGUGUCGUGGCGCUCACUCAGACCUACACCACCAGCGAGCCGCUCAUCGAGUCCAAAUACGACAUCAGGAUCCAGAAGAUCGCUGCUGACUACAAAGCUUACAUGAGAACUUCCAUGUCUGGGAACUGGAAGAGCAACAUCGGGUCGGCCAUGUUGGAACGCGUGGCCAUGACGGACAGAUACAAACUCUGGGUGGACACCUGCUCGGACAUCUUUGGAGGUCUGGAAGUCUGUGCUGUCAAAGCCAUUCAUGGAAAAGAUGGCAACGAUUACAUCACCGAGGUGGUGGGAUCCUCCAUGCCACUAGUGGGCGAGCACCAGGCGGAGGACCGCCAGCUCAUCUGUGACCUGGUGCUCAGCAGACUCACACAGCUGGCACACCUGCACCAAGACCAAGGACACAGAGUCACCACCCUGCAGCCCUCACAGGGUGUGGCUGAGAAAGGAGAAGAAGUGAUGGAGAACCUGAAGAACGGUUGUUCUCGUCCUCCUCAAGGCUGCUUGCAGUACAUCUUGGAUUGUAACGGAGCUGCUGUCACUCCUAAAACUCUUCAAGAGAACUGAAUACUAAACAUUAAUAUUUAGUAUCACAUUCAAGAUAAGUAAAUACUAAACAUUAAUAUUUAGUAUCACAUUCAAGAUAAGUGAAUACUAAACAUUAAUAUUUAGUAUUACAUUGAAGAUAAGUGAAUACUAAACAUUAAUAUUUAGUAUCACAUUCAAGAUAAGUGAAUACUAAACAUUAAUAUUUAGUAUUACAUUGAAGAUAAGUGAAUACUAAACAUUAAUAUUUAGUAUCACAUUCAAGAUAAGUAAAUAUUGAACAUUAAUAUUUAGUACUACAUUGAAGAUAAGUGAAUAUUGAACAUUAAUAUUUAGUAUCACAAUCAAGAUAAGUGAAUAUUAAACAUUAAUAUUUAGUACUACAUUGAAGAUAAGUGAAUAUUGAACAUUAAUAUUUAGUAUCACAAUCAAGAUAAGUGAAUACUUAACAUUAAUAUUUAGUAUUACAUUGAAGAUAAGUGAAUAUUGAACAUUAAUAUUUAGUAUUAUAUUGAAGAUAAGUUAAUA